AGUUUUCCAAUCUUCCUCCAUAUUCUUCAACAUGUCAUCCGACCAACAACAGACUCCUUCCCCCAAGGCCACCAUCACUAAGGUGGAUGAGUGCUUCAUGACGGCAGCUUGCAUGAGUGCUACUGCUGGUGUUAUCCUCCGUCACGGUGGUCCCUUCGGUGCUGCUGUUGUUCGUGAUGGUAUGCCUAUCAGCUGCGCUCAUAACACUGUUCUCUACAAUAAGGACCCCACCUGCCAUGCUGAGGUUAACGCCAUACGUCAUGCGGUCCGUCAUCUCGGCCGCUCUGAGCUCUCUGAUUGCGUCUUGUACACUUCAUGUGAGCCCUGCCCUAUGUGCUGGGGUGCAAUCAUGGCUAGUGGCCUCAAGGUUAUGUAUGUUGGUGCUGAUCGUUACUGUGCUGCUAAAUUCGGUUUCGAUGACAAGGCAUUCUAUGACGAGUUUGCCGGUCCCGAAUCUGGUAGUAUGAUGCCUGUCAAUCCUGCUAAGACUGAGGAAGAUGAGAAGUGGAUGGCUAAGCUUACCUCUCAUUCCCACGUCCUUGUCGUCUCGUCCGCUGGUGAACUCGUUGGUGAUAGUCUCUCCCGUGGCUCCGACCGUGGUGACGCUUUGGACACUCCCAUGGUUCGGGCUAUCCGAAUGGCUGCCCUCACUCUCGGUACGCAUGAGUUGAGCGGAUGCAAAGUGUAUGCUAGCACUCAGCCUGAUGUGUUCUCUCAUUGUGCCUGUCUGUGGGCUCGCAUCUCACAGUUGUUCUAUGCCGAACGUGCUGCCGACGAGUCGGAGGCUAGCUACCAGAGGCAGCAGCUCGCUUUGAAGGCUGAGGACCGCGAUUUGAUGACCACUUGGGGUUGCGCUGUCGAGGAGUGUGAAAAUGUUUUCAAGCAGUGGAAGAGUCUUUCUGGACAAAUCUAUUAAGUGUCUUAUACUUUACCCAAGUCGGCCACGGAAUCGAGGUUGCGACUUAGGUUGUAGUAAGUGCUUACAUCUUAUCUAUUGUUUUCUGCUGUAUUCCUACCUGUUAUCAGGCUGAGAAAAUUGUAUUUAUAGUUAC